CCGACCGCCGAACGGGACACUCCUCCCCGCCGAAGCCGCCCGAAGGCUCGCGAACCACAUUCCAUAUUUAAAACUUUUCCGACGUUCGAAUUUCAAUUUCGUUGUUUUCAAUUUCGGUUUCUCGAGUGCCAGUGCAGUUUUGUUUUUGAAUGUGAUUUUUUUAAAAGUUUGGUUUCUGAUGAUUUUUUUUGCUGAUGCUGAUCGUCAUUUGAAAGAUUAUUUUGAAGAUUAAACAGAAAAUACUGGAGCUCUACCACUUCUGAUGUCCCUGUUACGACAACCAGAUUAAAAUGAACGCAUACCGUUCAACAUGGCCCAUAUAUUCCGCCAUAAUGGUAUGAUACACCCAUGUCUAACAUGCGUCCCGGUCAGCAGUGGUUGGCGGUCUGUCUACUCAUCACCACGGUACACUACACAGAAAUGAGGCAUUCUAUAGACUCCUUGAACAUCGAGGACUCAGUCUUCCACAAGAGGAACAGACACCAUCACAGGCAUAAACACAAACCUGGCGAUGAUAUUUACGAUCCAACAUUCUUCGCAGAUAGACCAGAUGAGUUCUAUCCAAUGCUGAGUCUGAAAGAUGGAAUGCAUUUGUUAGAUUAUGAAAUAUCACCAAAACAAGAAGCGAAGAGUGAUUGGGUUAACAUGUCGAAUGAUCAAGUUGGGGAGAUGAAAGAUAAGAAGCAUCAGCAUUGGCCUAUAAAGAGGGAAGCUGUGAUAGAAGGGGAACUGGUGCUUGGAGGGCUGAUGAUGGUACAUGAGAGGUCGGACAACAUGACCUGUGGGCCGGUCAUGCCUCAGGGAGGAGUGCAGGCGUUAGAGACAAUGUUGUAUACUUUGGAUAUUAUUAAUAACGAAUUGAGACUGAUUCCUGGUGUGACUGUGGGAGCUCAUAUCUUAGAUGAUUGUGAUAAGGAUACUUAUGGGCUUGAGAUGGCUGUGGAUUUUAUAAAAGGCUCAAUAAGCAAUAUAGAUGACGCGGAGUACGCUUGCAACGCGACUGCAGUCAGAAAAGUCAUAUCAGGAGUAGUUGGAGCAGCAUCCAGCGUCACUUCAGUUCAAGUCGCCAAUCUACUGCGACUAUUCAAGAUACCACAAGUAUCAUUCUUCUCCACUUCCCCGGAGCUGUCGAACAAGGCUCGCUUCGAGUACUUCACGCGCACCAUCCCGUCUGACCAUCAUCAGGUACGCGCUAUGGUGGAGAUCGUCAAGAAGCUCGAGUGGAGUUACGUCUCCAUCAUUUAUGAGGAAUCCAGCUAUGGGAUUAAGGCAUUUGAAGAGUUGGAAGCGUUGCUAGCGAAGAGUAACAUCUGCAUAGCUGUGAAGGAGAAGCUGGUGAAAGACUCAGGAGUGGCACACGAAGGAGCCUAUGACGAGAUCGUGUCCAAACUGCUGACCAAGCCAAGAGCUAGAGGUGCCAUCAUCUUCGGUUCAGACCAAGAGGUGGCUGGCGUGAUGAGGGCAGUAGAACGAGCAAACGCCACCCACUCCUUCAGCUGGGUAGGGUCUGACGGCUGGAGUGCCAGAUCCCUGGUAUCAGACGGCAAUGAACGAGCAGUCGAAGGCACCAUCAGUGUGCAGCCCCAAGCCAAUGAUGUGAAGGGCUUCAAGGAGUACUUUCUAGGACUUAAUGUGAAGAAUAAUAAGAGGAAUCCGUGGUUUGUAGAGUUCUGGGAAGACCACUUCCAGUGCCGCUACCCCGGCAGCCCGAGGACUCCGUACAACGGCCAGUACUCCAGGGUCUGCUCCGGGCUGGAGAGGCUCACCGUCAACAACACGGAGUUCGAGAGGCAGCUGCAGUUCGUCUCUGAUGCUGUCAUGGCUUUCGCUUAUGCUAUAAGGGACAUGCAUGCUGCGGUGUGCGGGGGGAGGGCAGGCCUCUGUGACGCUAUGAGGCCAGCCAGUGGAGCUGAUUUGCUGCGGUAUCUUAGGAAGGUCAACUUUAUUGGUCUGAGCGGAGACGAGUUCCAUUUCGACAGCAACGGCGAUGGUCCCGCUCGCUACAACAUCUUACACUUCAAGCAGACAAAAAAGGGCACCUAUCGAUGGGUCAACGUGGGCCAGUACCUGGAUGGAGAGUUAGAGCUGAAUAUUGAUGAUAUCCAGUUCAAGUGGGGCGAGCGGCACCCGCCGGAGUCGGUGUGCAGCGCGGAGUGCGAGCUGGGCCAGGCCAAGCAGUACGUGGAGGGCGAGAGCUGCUGCUGGCACUGCUUCAACUGCACGCAGUACGAGAUAAGAUCGAUAGAAGAGACUCAAUGCACGGUAUGCCCUCGAGGGACCUUACCGAACCCCACGAAGACUGAAUGCCGUCCCAUCCCCGAGGCCUACCUGCGGCCUGACUCCGCCUGGGCCAUUGGGGCCAUGUCCUUCUCUUCAGUCGGGAUACUGCUGACUGCCUUUGUAUGUGGUGUGUGGGUGCGCCACAGUUCAACACCAGUGGUCCGAGCCAGUGGCAGGGAACUGUCCUACGUCCUGCUUGCUGGUAUCCUGAUGUGCUACCUCGUCACCUUCGCGCUCGUCUUCAGGCCUACUGACAUCCUCUGCUCUAUACAAAGGUUUGGCACCGGUUUUUGCUUCACCGUGGUGUACGCAGCACUCCUGACGAAGACCAACCGCAUCUCCCGGAUCUUCAACGCGAGCAAGCAUUCCGCCAAGAGGCCUAUACUCAUCUCUCCUAGUUCUCAGCUGGCUAUUUGUGCUGCUCUUGUAUCUAUACAGGUGCUGAUAGUAGUAGUAUGGAUGAUAGUGGCGCCUGCAAAGGCUAUGUUCCACUACCCCACUCGAGAGGACAACAUGUUGGUGUGCGACUCGUACGUGGACGCGUCCUAUAUGAUCGCCUUCUUCUAUCCCAUCGUGCUGAUCCUCGUGUGCACCGUGUACGCUGUGCUCACGCGCAAGAUUCCUGAGGCCUUCAAUGAGAGCAAACAUAUAGGCUUCACCAUGUACACGACGUGCGUGAUCUGGCUGGCGUUCGUGCCGCUGUACUUCGGCACGGCGUCGCACGUCCCGCUGCGCGUCACCAGCAUGGCCGUCACCAUCUCGCUCAGCGCCAGCGUCACGCUCGUCUGUCUCUUCUCGCCUAAGUUGUACAUAAUCCUGAUUCGACCGGAGCGCAACGUCCGGCAGAGCAUAAUGCCGGUCCGGUACAGCCGCAAGCCUCCACCCUCGUUGCCGUUGCCUCAUCCGCCGACUAAAAAGCCACCGACGGCAAACAAGGAGACGCAAACAGACCCCGCGGACUUCAAACUCCUCAACGGACAAACAGUCCAACUGAAGAAUGAUGGAGAUAAGAAACAUGAAGAUCCGCCCAAGGAGGAUAAUAAAACUCAAUGUAACAAUAUCAAACAAACUAAUGUGAAUGAUAAGUCUAGCCAUACUCCUGUAACCAAUGAUAAAGCGGAUACCUUAUAGCAAAGACAUUCCUCCCGCUCCCUUCUCGAAUAUUCCAAAAAAAACAACAAUAUUAGUUUUAAAAAGAAAAGUUGCUCAUGCAAAUAUAAAGAAAGAAAACCUGUUAUAGUCUAACCUUUUAUAUUAAGUAGAAGCUUUUGAUGUACAUAAAGAAAUACGCUUGAAACAUAUGGGUAUGUAAAUAAUUGUUAAUAAUGUCUUUCUUAUUCUAGUCAUGUAAAUAAAGAUUGUAAAUAUAUCGGAAAAGACAUAAUAGUGAUGUUUAAUGUAUAUAAUCGUAAAUGUAUUAAUCAUGAUAAUACUGUUAAGCUUAUCGUUUUAUAUAUUAAAUAUUUAAUGUAAGUUAUAGAUUAAGUGCAGUGCAUGGUAUGUGCAGCGAAGAGCCUUGAGCCAGGACAGUAGAGACAAAACGCUUAGUGUAAAUAAUUUUAAAUUUUCUAAUUGUCAACUGAAUUUAAUCUCUGUAAGCAACUCUGUAUUUCUACUUACAUUUCCAUGUUAAUUAAUUGUUAUAAUUAUGAAUGAUAAGUAAUGUUUGUUGUUAAAUUCUAUUUUGUUGUUAGAAUUUAUUUCA